AUGGCCGAGUCACCAUCUCACCCACCACCAUCGCCGCCUCAACUCGCUCCCUCCACUGAGUCAGACCAGAACGUUGAGUACUGGUGUUAUCAGUGCGAUAAGCGAGUCAACGUUGAAGCACUCGUCGAUCCUCCUCAAAUAUCAGAUCCGCCACUGGAUCCGUCUCUAGGUAACCAGUUCAUUCAGGUUCUGAACUUACUCGCGCAGGUGGCGCGUGUGGAUGACGCGCCUCCGUCUCCCCCUCCGGAGCGCGUGGAUGAUGACUAUCUCCGGAUUGAGCUGGACGGGUGGGAAGAAGAAGAUGAGGAGGAGGAUAACGAAGAUGAUGACAACGAUGAGGAUAAUGAAGAUGAUGAUGAAGAUGAAGUGGUUGAUCAGAAUCGUGAAGAACGGUUUGAUGAUGAUGAGGAUCCCGAUCGUGUCGAAAGCGAUGAGGAGUUGCGUAGGGCACGGCGUGAUCGCCUUCGCCAGCGUCUCCGAGAUUUCGCCACACGAGGGACUAGUCGCCGUGAGAGGAUUCUUGAUUGGGCGGAUAUUUUAAUGGGAUUCGAGGAUAAUUCGAUUGAAUUUCGAUUACAUGGAGGUCCUGGUUAUGUCGGUAAUCCAGGGGACUAUGUCGAUGCAGCUGGAUACGAAGCCGUGUUGCGUAAUUUAGCUGAUACUGAUAGUGGUGGAAGAAGAGGAGCGCCACCUGCGGCUGAAUCAGCAGUGGCAUUGCUUAAAGUUGUCGAGAUCAAGUCCGAGAAAGAAGCCUUGCUCUGUGCUGUAUGCAAAGAUAUGGUGAAUGUGGGAGAGACUGCUAAGGAAUUGCCUUGUGGACAUGGUUACCAUGGAGAUUGUAUAGUGCCUUGGUUAGCUUCGAGAAAUACUUGUCCGGUGUGCAGGUUUGAGUUACCCACCAGUGAUCCUGAUUACGAAGAGGGGAAGAAGAAGAAGAGUUUAUCGGGUGGUGCUGGUGGAUCGUCAAGCUCCCCUGAUUAUAUUCCUGGGUUAGAGUAGUUUAAUUAUGGCUUUAUGCAUUUCUUUUAAAUCCGUCAAUUUACAUUUCAACUAGUAGUCAAAUAAUGUUUUACUUUGAAUUAUGUUCUUUUGCAAUGUAUAUAAUGGAUUUUAUUCACCGGAGCUUGUUUUGCUUUUGUUUUACUUUUGAAAUGGGAUGCACUGCCACCUUAUGUGGGAGAUCUAUAUUA